UAGUGAACCUUAUUGUAACCCUAAUAUUAUUCCUAAUAAUUUAUUAUCUUUAAAUUUUGAAUCAUUUCAAUAUUUAUUUCUUAACAAAGCUGAUCCUGAUCUAAAUUAUUCUAUAAAUAAUAUAAUAGACACAGCUCAUUUUUCACUUUAUCUAGGAAGAGCUUAUUUUAUAUCUUAUAAACCAAUUAUUGUUGAUAAAGAUGUUAAAUUAAAUUUACAAUUAGAACAACUACCCAUACAGUUAGAAUCCAAUGAAGUUAAUCUUAAAAUUUUUCCACAUAAACUCACAGAUUUAAUAUCUAAUCUUGGAGGUUUCUAUGGUGCUAUAGCCGAACUCUUUUAUUUAUUUUUUGGAAUGCAAAGACUUGAACCAUGGGGUUUGGCACAAAAAUAUCUUUUUUCUUGCACGCACUGCAGAAAAAGCUUAAAGAGAAAUUUUGCAAGAAAAUAUGUUUCAUCUGCCGGUAUUCCAUUAGUUGAAAAAGUUAAUAAAAGACCUGAAGGAUCAUCUUUAGAGGAAAGAGUUCAAAUUUUAGAAACUUUAUUAAGAGAUUAUUAUUUAGAUGAUUAUUAUUUAAAGAAAGUCAAAUAUGUUAGGAUUAAUCAUAAAAGACUCCUUAAAAAAUACGAAGAAAUCGACAGACAAGAUAAUGAAGACACAGUAAAUACAGAAAGUACAGAACCUGACGAUUCUUUAGUUUAAUGAACGUUCAAUUUAGUUUAAAUUCCUUAAACCACUAUUUAUUUUUAUUUUUAUUUUAAUGUCAGACAAUUUUCAAA